CGCAGAAGCCUCUCCUGGUCACCGCGCCCGGGAGAAGCGGUGAUGGCUGUGCGUCCGGCGCCGCCUCGUCCUCCUCUUCGAUUGCGGUGGUGGUCGCCAGCACCGCCGUCGCCGUCGCCGGAUCCUUCGAGUUCGGCAUCUCGGUAAUCAAGCCCUUCUUCCUCUGUAGUGUCUGCUACAGCAUGCUUCAAAUUUCCUGCCUGUAUGGAAUAGAUAACCAAGCUAGAAGACAAUUAAGACCCCAAGAACUGGUGGUAUAUUCUGGCAACUGGCGAAUCGUCAGCAGUUGGCUUGGCCGGGCAAGUUAAUUUCGAUUUUCGAGUUCUUGCAUCCUGCAGGUCGGCUACUCGUCGCCUUCUCAGCCUGGCAUCAUGCGUGACCUCAACCUCUCCUUAGCAGAGGUACCCACCCUCCUUACUCUCUCUUUGGCUCGAUACUAACCAUUGGAGCAAUGCUAGGAGCUAUUGUCAGUGGUACCGUGGCAGACCGAGUUGGUCGAAGAAGUGCAAUGGCGAUAUCAGAUCUUCUCUGCAUUCUUGGAUAUCUCUUGAUAACCUUUUCCCAGAAUUUCUGGUGGCUUGACAUUGGAAGGUUCUCAAUUGGAUGUGGAAUUGGCCUUCUUUCAUAUGUGGUUCCAGUCUAUAUAUCAGAGAUAACACCAAAGAAUCUUAGAGGAGGAUUCGCAACUGUAAACCAGUUUAUGAUAUGUUGUGGGGCAUCACUUGCUUAUGUUCUGGGAACUUUUAUCACCUGGCGGACUUUGGCAAUCAUUGGAGUGGCGCCAUGUUUGCUGCAGUUGGUUGGCCUUCUUGUGACUCCUGAGUCCCCAAGAUGGCUGGCUAGGUUCGGCCACCCAGGUGCAUUUGAGGCAGCAUUACAGAAGCUAAGGGGAAAAGCGACUGAUAUCUCUGACGAAGCAACAGAAAUCAAAGAUUUUACAGAAAAGCUUCAGCAAUUACCAGAGUCGAAAAUGUUCGACCUGUUUCGGAAGGACUAUAUUCGUGCUGUUACAGUUGGAGUAGGGUUAAUGGUCCUUCAACAGUUUGGGGGAGUGAAUGCCAUUUGCUUUUAUGCCAGUGAAAUAUUUGUUUCAGCCGGUUUCUCAUCAGGAAAUACAGGAAUGCUCGCUAUGGUUGCUGUUCAGAUUCCGAUGACCGGACUAGGAGUACUUCUAAUGGACAAAGCUGGACGGAGGCCACUUUUGAUGGUAUCUGCAGCUGGAACAUGCCUGGGUUGCCUACUAGUCGGUUUGUCAUUCUUAGCUAAGGAACAUCACUGGGGAAAGGAUCUGAACUUAGUGCUGGCUUUGGCAGGCAUUCUGAUUUUUGGCGGAUCUUUUUCACUGGGUAUGGGUGGAAUACCAUGGGUUAUAAUGUCAGAGAUCUUUCCUAUAAACAUGAAAGGAGCAGCAGGAAGCCUUGUGACACUCGUCAGCUGGCUUGGUUCGUGGAUUGUCUCAUACGCCUUCAACUUCCUCUUGGUGUGGAACUCCUAUGGCACAUUCUUCAUCUUUGCAAGCAUCUGUGGGCUCACAGUUGUGUUUGUAGAGCGGCUGGUGCCAGAAACCAAAGGAAGAACCCUAGAGGAGAUCCAAGCAUCCAUGAACUCAUCCUUAACGCCCCCCUUUCACUUAUGAUUUGCUUGUCUAGUUUACAUAGCCAAAUACCUGGACGGGAUGCGCAUGUAAAGCUUCAGUGGUUAUGUGGUUAUUGUUUGUACACAUACAAGUUUGUAUAUCAAAAACAUAUGCAGUGUAAUAGAUAUUUCUCUCGCUCCCUAAACCAUGAAUUAGAAUUCAUACACAAAGUUCUGGUUCCAUCAGUUUGUGGAUCCUGCGUGACACUGAUUGUCGAUUUAUACAUUGAUGUGGUAUAGGCGUACAAAAUUA